AGUUCACUAACAUUCCGGACUGUUCAAACUGUGUCCGAGAUCUUCAAGUAUUAAGUAACGGAUCAAGGGCCUAACUUUAGAGAAUUCUAACCAUGGCCGAUACAAGAAAUGCCAUCUCCCAGAGUAUGGAGUGUCCUGUGUGUCUUUCUACAUUCACCGAUCCCAAGAUCCUGUCUUGUUCUCACACUUUUUGCAAGACUUGCUUGGACAACCUCUUAGAGUGUCACGGUAACUGUCAGAUCCAAUGCCCUGUCUGCAGAGCUGUAACCCAGGUCCCAAACCAAGAUGUUGGCAAACUACAGGCAAAUCUUGUUUUGAAGAAUCUUAUAGAGGAUAUGAAAUUUCAUCCGCAGAUUUGCACAAAUUGUAAAUCCGAUGAAAAGCCCCAUGCUGUUGUCUACUGCCAAGACUGUGGAAAGUAUCUCUGCACCUCUUGUCUUAACAAGCACUCCCAGUGGGAAGGCUUUAUCGAUCAUGAAGUCAUUGCCAUGAGUGAGAUCUCAUCAGGAAAGGUGUCUGUACGUAGAUAUCGCAAAUGCAGGAAACACCCGAAAGAAGAUGAGGAGUGCUUCUGUUCCAGCUGCAGGAGAUUCACAUGCUUCAGGUGUGUUGUCAUGGAACAUAAAGACGAGGGGCAUCAGGUCAUCGAAGCAGCUGCUUAUGAGGAUAAACACAUGAAGAGCAUUGAAGACCUGAAAUCAAAGGUGGACAAGAAACAAUCAUGCUUUCAGAAGUUCAUUGAAUUCAUAGAUGAACAGAUGAAGAGUGUUGACAAUACUAAGAAACAGUGUACAAAUGACAUCAACAGAGCAUAUUAUGAAGCAGUCCGGCAGUUGACAGAGAAGAGAGAAAGCCUACUAAGAGAAGUCAAAGAAACGACCGAAGGAGUAGAGAAAGAACUAGAAAGCAUGAAGACCACGGCUCAGAAGCACAUCAAUCAGUUGACGACCAUUGCUGACAUGGUAACCAAUAGAACAAAGAUACCGCUAGAUAUGGAUACUCUGGCUGCACAUGACACUCUAUGUAAAGAUUUGCGAGAGCUCUUUGAUCAAGAGGAUCCUGACUACGAGCAGCCAAGAAAAUCAAGCAAGAAGGGGAAAAGUGUAGGUUUUGAGAGAAACAUUGGAAAGGAUGAGCUAGGCCUUGGACAGAUAGUUAAUGUGAUUGAAAAGAACGUCACUUUGCCUACUGAGGGUAGCCUUAGUGACAUGGUUAUUACACCAGACGGUAGGAUGACAGUAGGAUGUUGGACAGGUGGCAUGAAUAUCUUCUCUGCUGAUGGUCAGCUUCAGCAAACAGUUCUGAAGGAUGUUAACAUUUAUGGUGUAGGAUUCCUCUCUGAUGGCCGAUGUGUUGUGAUUAACACGUCGAACAAUAUCACACUGUACACAACAGAUAUAUCAGAGUACACAAAAUUGAAUGUAAUGUUUCAGACUCUGAGUGAAGAUGAAGGUGGGUUUCCUGAAAUCACUGUUGAUGAUCAUGAUCUGAUCUAUGUGCGCUACUGGAAAGCCAAGAAGAUUCAGGUAUUUUCAACAGCAGGUGGGCAAGCAAUCAGGGAGAUACCAUGUAACGGGUAUGUACCACAGCAAAUCACUAGUUACCAUGGUUCUCUGAUCACUACUUCAGAUGAUACUAUCAGAUUGAUAGAUAAAGAGGGUGCUGUACAACAUGAAUUAACGAAACCGGGUAGCGACCUUUAUGCCGCUGUAUCUCAAUGGAAUACAAUCCUGAUAGCCCAGGUGAAGCAUGGUGAAGGUUUGGUGAGCAUUGACGAGUAUACAAAUGAACUAAGGUACAUUCGAAGCCUCGUUACUAAUUACAAGAUUGAGAAGCCUGAGAGAGACUGGUAUAACCUACAGCAGUACCGAUCGGGAGAGAUCGCUUUCUGUACCCCGGAUAGACUCUACAUAUUCCACAGAAUAGAAGGGAUGACAUGACAUCAGUAUUGAGGCGUGGUAUGAUGUCAUCAUCUUGUAUAAGAGAAAAGUGUGAUAUCCACUAAUAAUUUCCCCUUUCUGUAAGAUCAUGUGUACACAUGUGGUGUAUAUGUGAACAUAUACCACAGAUCAUUCCCAACUCCUUUCCCAC